CCCGCGGCGCCGGCAGCGGCAGAGCGCGGUGACCGCCCCGCACCGCCCCUGGCUGGCUCGGCGGGGAGCAGAAGGUCGGGGCCGGCGAGGAGACGUGCCGAAACGUGCGUGUUGGACGUGGGGCUAGCGCCAUAGCGCGUAGGUGGUGUCCUCUUCGUUAUUGUUACUUCUGUCGGAGUGGUGUCUACACUAGGGAGAGGAAACUGGGUUCCCAACCAAACACAACGGCGUUCAUGCAAAUUUAAGUAGUGCGUUUGUAAGAAAAAUAUGGAUUUGGGAUCACAUUCCACUUUAAAUGAUCACCUGCAAAAGACAGGAAUUCCAUCUGGAUCUCAAGAAAAAGUUUCAGUUCUUGAUUCUGGACCAGAAAUGGCUGAGCCACAGUCAGUUGUGGAUCCUGUAGCAAAGUCAAACUUGUCUGUUAAAGCACCUGAAUUUUAUCCACCAGGAUACAACCAGAACUUCAAUCAGAAUUUUACGGAUUCCUCCUUUGAAGAUAGAUGUGAUGGCUAUUUGACUCUGGCAGAAUAUGUACAAGACUUCCUAAAUCACCUCACAGCGCAACCAGGCUGUUUUGAAACGGAAAUAGAGCAGUUUGCUGAAACACUGAAUGGCUGGGUUAUUGCAGAUGAAGCUUUGCAAGAACUUGUUGAACUCAUCUAUCAGCAGGCCACAUCUGUCCCAAAUUUUUCAUACAUGGGAGCACGGUUGUGUAACUAUCUAUCUCACCAUCUAACCAUUAGUCCACAAAGUGGGAACUUCCGACAGCUUCUGCUUCAAAGGUGUCGAACGGAGUAUGAAAACAGAGAUGAAGCUACCAAAGGGGAUGAGACUACUAGAAAACAAUUUCAUGCCUUUGUGUUGUUCUUAGCUGAACUUUAUCUUAACCUAGAGAUUAAAGGAACAAAGGGACAAGUUACACGGGCAGAAAUUCUUCAAGAAGGCCUUCGGGAACUACUGAAUGCACUCUUCUCUAAUCCUGUGGACAGUAAUUUGAUAUGUGCAGUGAAACUGCUGAAGUUGACAGGUUCUGUCUUAGAAGAUGCCUGGAAAGAAAAAGGAAAGAAUGAUAUGGAAGAAAUUAUUCAGAGAAUUGAAAAUAUUGUGUUGGAUGCCAACUGUAGCAGAGAUGUGAAACACAUGCUUCUGAAACUAGUAGAACUGCGAUCUAGCAACUGGGGUAGAGUUCAUGGAACAACUCCACAUGCAGAAGCUACUCCUGAAAAUGACCCAAAUUAUUUUAUGAAUGAACCAACAUUUUACACUUCUGAUGGUGUUCCUUUCACUGCAGCAGACCCAGAUUAUCAAGAAAAAUACCAAGAGCUGCUUGAAAGAGAGGAUUUGUUUCCAUAUUAUGAAGAAAAUGGAGCUGAACUGUCAGGACCUGGAGAGCUGUAUUUUGAUGAGAUUGAUGAUGAGAUGGAUCCAGAAAUUGAAGAAGCAUUUGAAAAAUUCUGUCUAGAAUCAGAACAUAAGAGAAAACAGUGAGAUGUUAUGUAUUAAUGUUAGUUUAUUUAACUACUUUAGGUAUGCAUAGAGUGAAGGGGGACACAAAACAUUUGUACCAAAAUGAGAAACUUGAGUUUCUCCCAAGUACAAAAGUUACACAAUUUCCAUUUUGUUUAACAGAAUCUGCCAAAAAUUGUAAACUUAUGCCCUGUAACUUAAAAUGUUGUGUAUAUAUCAUAGUUUAUUUUGUGAAAAAAUGUUUUUUGAACAACGUUUUGGCUGCAAUAAAAAUUAUUUAAAAGUUAUAAUCGAAAUUAAAACUUAAUGGGGAUCUGUCCCAUAAAACUUCCCUUGAGGAAGAAAGGGAAAGAAUAAUGAUCUGAAUUUGCUUGCUUGUUUGCUUUAGUAUAUAUUGGGAUUUACUCAUCCUAUUUACCAUAUACAAUAUAUCUUGCAUUUACUUCCUCCACUUCCCCCCCAAGAAGAGUAUGAUCCAAAUAAGAAAGAAAUUUUUUUUCUGUAUAUCACAAUCAUGAAAAGUGGCUUGUGAAAGUUUUGUGUGUGAGUUUUUGUUUUGUUCAUUUCCUUUUUCUUCUUUCAAAACACACUUGGGUGAGGUCGGGACUUUUCUUUUUUCCUGGAAUAAAUAUGUUACAUGUUGAUAUGUGAAAAAGCAAGCAGUAUUUUGGAAGUGAGGUGCUUUCAAGAUCUUUGGUUCAGAUAAGCUUAUUUUCAAAUCUACAAGAAAAAGCUAUUCUGUAAUUUGUUGUGUUCUUCAAGGUAAUAGUAAUACAGUUAUGUUCUAAACCAUGCUUCUCAAGAGUAUGUGCAGUGCUUUUUUUUUUUUGCUUUUUUUUCCUAGUAGUGUAUCUAACAUGUCUAAUCUUUUGCAACCCUUGUAACUUUCUUUUAUUCUUCUAAUUUUAUGUAGUUUGAUUUAAUUUUGUAGUUGGAGUAAAUUCACAUAUUUCAUAAAUGUUCACAUUCUGAAGCCAACUGGUUUUUUUUUUGACUCCAUAUAAUCAUGUUAGUUUUCCUAGGAUACUCCACUGUUGUUGUUGCCAAACUCGGCUGAACUGUUUCCUGUUACCUGUUGCUGGUUAGACUUCAGUAGAAAUCCUUACCAAAAACAAACACAAGUAUUUCCCAACAUUUAGCUACUCUAAAGAACACGCAUUGUAAAUAUGCAUGUAAAUAAUUCUGAUAAUAUUUCACUGUUAUUUGUUUGGUUAAAUAAGUUGUGCAUCUGCUAGUAGAGUAAGCAGUGAUUGUUUUCUGGAUGUUUAUUUAACAUACUUAUUUAGGUUGAAGUUUUGGAAAAUAAAAUUUAACUAGCUUAAUUUCCUUUGGUACAAUA